GAUUACGAGAGUAAUUUCAAGAUGGCAGCGCUCAUGGGCAGUAAAACGUUAACUGCGCGCUGCGCGAUUCUUUCACCUUUGGUGAUUCGAGUCAUCAACAGAUCAUGGAAAAGAACCUGCUCCCUCAAGCCCGAUUAUCAAGGAAUUCCAGCACCUCAGCAGGAGAUGUCCAAAGAGUUCUUGAACGAGCAUUUUGAAGGGUCCGACUCCGAAACGCUGGGCACCGUCAUCCGUUGCAUGACCCUCUACAACGACUUCAUUACGCCGGACGAAGAAACCACGUUGUUAAAGGAGAUCGAAACGCAGUUCAAGAGGCUGAGGUACGAGAGCAGCCAUUGGGACGACGCAAUACAUGGGUACAGGGAGGUGGAGCGCAAAAGCUGGUCGCCGCCAUGCGACGUCAUCCUUCAACGCAUCCGAACCACCGCCUUUUCGUCCGACGCGGCGCAGAUACCACACGUUCACUGCCUGGACUUGAAAGAGGAUGGUCACAUCAAGCCACACGUUGAUAGCGUUCGGUUCUGCGGGGACACCAUUGCUGGGCUGUCCCUCCUCACGCCGAGCGUGAUGCGGCUCGUCCACGAGAAGCACAAGGAAAGAUGGGUGAAGAUUCUGCUGAAGAGGAGGUCUCUCUACGUGAUGACUCGCACAGCAAGGUACGACUACACGCACGAGAUCCUCCCCAACGAGCAGUCCAUAUUCAAGUCCACUCCUGUCAAGAAGACGAGAAGAAUUUCUGUCAUGUGUCGCAAAGAACCAAGUUGACAGGAUCUCGAACUGCUAGUCAUUUUUAGGCAAUAAAUAUGUAUAGAAGACUU